CUCCGCAGUCGGGAGCACGGGACCCUCUUGGCCUCCCGCUGCCACCGAGCCACAUCGCAAUCCUUAAAUAAAUAAUCGUCACAGACGACAACCUUUCCGGCGAUCCAUGCGCCAGUCGAUAAGAUAUAGCUCGCGUACCAACACAGAAACGGAGUUAUGAAAAUGUGAAAACGUGUGCACUAGAUAUGGCUAAGUCGUGUGAUGACAUCUCCAAGAAGCACAGCGAGGACGGCACCAGCAUGGACGACGACAGCGAGAAGGAUCCCGGAUGCUUCCGGAGGCUCAUCCUCUCGUUGCGGAUUAAUCCCAACCUUAUUAUGUUGAAAGUGACUCUUUUUGUGAUGUAUGGCGCAACUGCAUCUCUUCUUCCGUAUCUGACUAUACAUAUGCAGAGUAUAGGUUUGACUGUGCCCGAAAUUUCUUUUGUGUAUUUAGCAUUACCGUUUACAACAUUUUUAAGCCCUCCAAUAACUGGAUUUUUAGUGGAUCGUUUCGGAGAAUAUAAGCCAGUCGUAAUAACGGCACUGAUUUUGAACGCAGCUUUUCAUCAUUCGCUGCUCUUGAUACCUCAUCAAGAAACUCCUGGAGUGAUGCCAUCCGCAUACGUAAUGAGGCAUCCGAUAAAAGAGACCGUUGAGAUUUGGUGGAGUCCGUGUCCAAGUAGAGAAUGUCCAGAUGAAGAUGAGCAAGUGGACUUUGUACUAGAUCGAUGUCUAGAUCACUGCAUGAUAACAGAGACAAGCCCGACCAGCGCACCGACAGAUGUUAAGAACGAAAUAGAUUUUCCAAUCGCCCACAAAAUUCAUCCACCGAACUUAUCCAACACCAGUUUCCUAAAUUCAACUGACGAUGAAGAAUACAACGAUGCAGCAUUUUUCCUCAUUGAAGUUCACGAUGACUUGGGAGAGCCGAAAGAACAACUUGGCAUCGAAAUGGAACGGGAUGACAAUGAUACUGUUACGGACUUUAGAUCAAGAUUUGGGGAAAAGCUGCUCCUUUCACAACGGGUCAACAUAACAGCUCUGGAUAAAGAAGAUUUGAGAUGCGGAGGUCUUGUGAUGUUACACAAUAUGACAAAGCUUUCUAAACAACGACUUGAAAAUCUUUCUGCUGAUUGUAUGGUACAAAAAUGUGAAUUCAGAAAAGGCGGUCCGGAUGUUUGCCCUCCCGACUAUAAGGAGAGCGAUGAUAAAACUUUCUACAUAUACUUUUUCUUGCGUUUUAUGGGCACGAUUAUGUUAUCUGCUGGGGUGACAAUAAUGGACCCAAUAGCUUUAACUAUGAUUCAGAAGUACGGUGGUGAUUUUGGCCGAGAAAGGUUAUUUUCUAGCAUUGGCAUGGCGAUAUUUUCACCUAUCACUGGUAUGCUUAUAGAUAUGAGGAGUAAACAAGUCGGUUAUACUGAUUAUUCGGCUGCAUUCUAUACGUAUGAUGUACUGCUAUUAAUAUCAGCAGUGACUGUUGCUGCAAUGCCCUUGGGAGCGAAAUUGCCUGCGGACAACUUGUUGCGCGAUCUCGUUAAUAUAAUCAAGAUGCCUCAUAUAAUCAUAUUUAUAUUUUUCCUGUUCGCUCUAGGAAACUUCUGGGGAUUCAUUGAGUCGUACUUGUUCUUAUAUCUAAAGGAAUUGGGGGCGCCUAACUUUUUGCUUGGUAUAACAGUGACGGUGGGUACACUGAGCAGCAUCCCGUUCCUGUACGGCGCGGACGCGAUCACCUCCCGGAUCGGUCACGUGAACGUCAUAGUUGUCGCGUUCUUUUCCCACGCCGCGAGACUGGUCGGCUACUCGUUUAUUGAAGAUUCCUGGUGGUGCUUUCCCUUCGAAGCCAUGGAGUCUCUGUCAGUACAUCUGAUGUGGGUUGCAGCAGCUACAUAUUGUGCGAUGUUGGCACCUAAGAGCUUACUGGCUACCCUUAUUGGUGUUCUUGGGAUGGCACAUUUCAGUCUUGGACGAGGCAGCGGAAGUUUUGGUGGUGGUCUACUCAUAGCGUCUCUGGGCACACGCGAAGCCUUUCGAUACAUGGGGUUGAUAGCUUUCCUGGGUGGUGUAUUGUAUGGACUGCUGCAUUACUUCUGGCUACGGCACAUUAAUAUGAAGGGGAUACCGGAUAUUUCAGAACCAGAUACAGAGAGUGGUGAAGGGGAUAAAUUAAAUGGCGAGCCACUUCGCAAGGACGCAGAAACCAUGAUAUCUUUGGAACGUCUGCACAUGAUCACCAGGUUCAACCCGCUGGGCUCGCUGCAUUCUUUGUCUAGAGGAUCUCGUGCUAGGCUUUCCCAAGGCGACAUAAACGAGUUAUGCAGAAGCAGAAGCGGCAGUAACAGCCAACGUCGUUGUAGUAACAUUGAGAUUUCUCCAAAAACCCCACAAGGGUCAGCUUCUAAAGUGGACCUUUUGAGAUCAGCGCUGGAAAUAACGCACCAACAGGCAAAGGGGCAUAUAUCGAAUCCGGUACUGUCGAAUCGGACUACACACCAUCCAUAUAAGCUAGCCAACAGCGCACCAAAGCUGACCCAACGUAACAACAUAUCUCAACCCGCUCUAGUCGAAUUCGAUUCCCGUCGUCGCGACUCAAUCCCUGAAGAGGUAGAAGAAGACAAACUUGUACCAUCAAAACAAUUAAAAACUAAAAGUGGGAACAUCCCUCCCCCUCCCACUUAUGAUGAAGCGACGAGAGAUAAGAGGAAAAGUUGGCACUCAGAUGAUAGUACUCCCACUUAGCGGUCGCUUUGAGGUGGUUAACACUAUAGAUAGAUUAACAGUUUAUUUAUAGUUAACAACGUUUAUAAAAAGGGUGAAGAAUAAGAGCCAGCGCGCACGAGCAACUUUGUCUCCGCAACUAUUUUGUCUCUCCCACCCAUGGGCUAGUAUGAAAGUGCGCGCACGUAGCGACGCAAUUCCCCAUAUAAUUGAUGGGAGAGACACAAUAGUUGCGCUAGCUGUAAACUACAAGUAGAAAUCCACCGUAGCCUUCGACGAAUGUCAAUUUAUCAUCUGUGUAUAACUUUUUUCACAUAACAUGCUAUAGAAAUUCAAAUGUAAUAGAUGUAAUAAUGUUUAUAAGUAUUGUACUUGGUUCAUUAAUAAAUUCACGAUUUUGUUAUUUAAAUAGACUCUCAUCAUUAUUAUGAUUGUUGAUAAUAGCUUCGAACCCUUAACAAAACAUAGUUGUAACCACCUUCUAGGUAUAGGAAGAUUAUUGUUAAGAAUAAUUUUAUUAAAUAUGUUAUCGUUGCUUUUAUUAAAAGACUUUUUAGAUA